AGCUUGACAUUGCGGUGUCUAUCAACAUGAUGUGAGAACCCGGCUGCGUAUCGACUCACCGAUGACAUAGAACCUAGUUUUAAUAUGCGGCUUAUUGAAGCGGUCAAGCAUAGUCGUUGUCUUUACGAUUCUACAGACCGGCAGUAUCGAAGUACGGAGUACAAGAUAAAGGUGUGGAAUCGGCUCGUGCAAGUGCUCGGCUUUGACGGAGACUCACGGACCCUAUAUGCUAGAUGGAAACAGCUGCGAGAUAAGUAUGGAAAAGAAAAGCGAAAAGUAAAGUAUCAAGGUGAUCAGUCUACCUGGCAAUACUACAAACAUCUGUCGUUCUUGGAUCCUCACAUGAUAGAUAGACAGUCGGUGGAAUCUCCUGCAAGAAAAGAGCAUCCCGAUGUGCAAGUGACUGUAACAGAUCCAUCCUUCGGUACUAAUUUGAUUGAAGAAGUUCGCUCUCAUCCGUGUCUCUUCGACAUCCGCGAUCCGAAGUACAGACAUUCUGAAUGUCGCAAUCAAGCUUGGCACAAUGUUAUUGCGCAUCUGAAUUAUCCAGGUGACGUCAACUCUAUCUACAAACAAUGGAAAAAGAUUCGCGAUCGAUACGUCCGUGAGAAAAGAAGACUGCGAAUGCAGCGAGACAAUGGAGUGCACGAAGAAAGCACAUGGGACCUCUUUCCUCAGAUGACUUGGAUCGACCCAUAUCUGGAUGAACGCGCUCAGCUUCUGAAACAAGUGAAGAGGAAGCAUGAUGAUGAUUUGUCAGACUAUGGCGAAUUGGAUGAUAUGGUCAGGUCUGGAUCGGGUUUGGGCUACAUGCUACCGGAUAAAAGAAACGAAGGCGGUGCUGAUGUGCUUCUUGAUGGAGACAGCGCGUUCGCAGCUUCAGCUGUGUCAGAUCUACGCACUCUUCCGGAGCACGCAAGGGCCAUUGCUAAGGCUCAAAUUGAAGCAAUCUUCGACUCCUGCGUGAAAACUGUGUUUUGA